ACGCAACGAAAUCGAAUUUCUUUCUUUUUUUAAAUAAAUUAUAUUUCUCUCUCCUCUCCAUCGACUUUUUGGGUCGUCGACCUGAGUAGGCCGACGUUUCUGAGGUUCUGCAUCUCUCUUCCUCUUUUGCUCUCUCUCCCUCCUCCCUUUCUGAGUUCUCGUUCUGUUCAAUUCAAGCUCUGAAAAGAUGUCUGGGGGAGGUUCGCAGAAUAGCUUGAGAAAAGCUUUGGGAGCUAUCAAGGACACCACUACAGUUCAAUUGGCUAAAGUUAACAGUGACUACAAGGAGUUGGACAUUGCCAUUGUGAAGGCCACAAACCAUGUUGAACGCCCAGCUAAAGAAAAACACAUAAGGGCUGUUUUUGCUGCAGUUUCGGCUACAAGGCCUCGAGCAGAUGUGGCUUACUGCAUCCAUGCUCUUUCCAGACGUCUGGCCAAGACGCAUACUUGGGUGGUGGCAUUGAAAACGUUAAUCUUGAUACAUCGUGCUCUAAGGGAAGUGGAUGCUACCUUCCGUGAAGAACUCAUUAAUUAUGGAAGGAGCAAAAACCAUAUGCUCAACUUGGCUCAUUUUAAAGAUGAUUCCAGUCCGAACGCAUGGGAUUAUUCUGCAUUUGUCCGCACAUAUGCUUUAUUUUUAGAAGAGAGGCUGGAAUGCUUCCGUAUCUUGACGUACGAUGUUGAGACAGAUCGGCCGAGAACCAAGGAACUGGACACUGUCGAAUUGCUUGAGCAGCUGCCAGCUUUACAACAGCUUCUGCAUCGUGUUCUUGGUUGCCAGCCACAAGGGGCAGCAGUUUACAAUUUCAUCAUUCAGUUGGCGGUUUCAAUGGUAGCUGCAGAGAGUAUUAAGAUUUAUCAGGCUAUAAGUGAUGGUACAGUUAAUUUGAUUGACAAGUUCUUUGAAAUGCCACGACACGAUGCUGUUAGGGCUCUUGAGAUGUACAGGAGGGCGGGUCAGCAGGCAGAGAGACUGUCAGAGUUUUAUGAAAUAUGUAAAAGUCUUGAUCUUGGGCGUGGAGAAAGGUUUAUCAAGAUUGAACAGCCACCAGCAUCGUUUUUAACAGCCAUGGAAGAGUAUGUCAAAGAUGCUCCUCUAGCUUCGUCAGUUCGGAAAAAUCAGGUGGUCAAUAAUAGAAUUGCUGCCCCCGAUGUCGUCCUGGCCAUAGAGUAUAAAAAAACCCCACAAGUGCAGGAAGAAUGCCCACCGUCCCCCUCCCCACCUCCGCCUCCACCUGAACCUGAACCUGAAGAACCUGUUAAAGUGGAUGCUCCUGUUUCAGAACCACCAGAUCUGUUGCAGCAUUUGGAUGAUCCUGUACCGGCCGCAUCGGAACUCGAUGAGAAGAAUGCCCUGGCUCUGGCUAUUGUUCCCGUUUCUGAUUAUUCAUCAACAACUUUUCCUUCUGGUCCCGAUUACACAAAUGGAACUACAGGCUGGGAGUUGGCACUUGUAACUGCUCCGAGCUCAAAUGAGAGUGCCACAGCUGCAAGCAAACUGACUGCAACAACUUGGGUGCGUAACAAAGCUGCAACAUCUUGGGAAUAGACCAUAACCAAGCUGGCUCUUCAAAUGCAGCACCCAAUGUCAUUAGCCCUGGAUUUCCUCUUAAUGCACCAUUGGUAUAAGGUCGAGCAAAAAUCAUACUGUAGAGUCCAUUGCAGGAUGAAUAGUUUUUACAUGUAACAAUUUCUUGCACUUGGACAUGAUUAAUUGAAAUAUAAAAAAUGACAUCUCAAAAGAACGUGUUUAGUAGAUGUUAUAUAAAAUCACUUAAUUGAACCCUCAACUGACCAAUCAGUGUACUUACUACAUAAUGCACUGCUGAUGAUGCUAUCAAAUCUUCUUUGGUACCUUUCCAUCCACAGUUGUAAUAACUAUUUUCUUAGACUUAAAAAACAAAGACAACCCAGUGCACGAGGCUCCCGCUACUGCAGGGUCUGGGCGGGGCAAGUGUACACAGCCUUACCCCCCCCCCUGCAUCACAGAAGAGGCUGUUUCCAUGUUUUGAACCUGUGACCAACAUGUUGUAAUAGUGCAACUUAACCAUUGUGCCAAAGGCUCGCCCACUCUUCUUAGACUUAAAUAUCAAAUUUUAUUGGUGCCAACACAGUCCAUUGACUAGCAAGUGAUCAACUGUAUUCUGGGAAGGGACUGAGUUGCGACAAGUGCAUACUGAAUGUGUACAACUAAAUAUUUUAGUGCUGCAUCUGCUAUUAUUUUUUUUUCCAAGUUUCCAUGCCAAUAAGAAACUUCAGUGAUACACCAAUUUGGACCAAAUGCAAGGAUGCCAUGUUGAUGUGGAGUUGCCAAACUAAUUUUUUGCUGAAAUUUCUCCUCUCUGAGUUGCACUUCACCAAUUUAUCUUCUCCAUCCAUGGUUUGAUCCGAAAAUCCAAAAUUUGAAUAUUGGUCCCUAUUUGUAGCCUGACUCAUCACAUAAUUUAUUCCAAUCCCAAUUACUUUGGUGAUUGUUAACCAUCCAUAAUUCAUACCAUUUACCAUAGCGUUAUUUUAACCAGUAGCAGAAAUUGAUGAGAUGCUUUGAAUCAUUGAAAAUCUUUGGACAUCUGCUGCUAUGCAUGGGUCCCAUGCAUAUGCCAGAAAAGAAAGAAUUCUUCUCCCUAUGCUUCCAUAAUGAAGGAAUUUUUAAUAAUUAUUCUUUUUGGGUCUAGAGGACAGCUACACAUCUAUUAUU